AUGAAGUCCUUGAUCGCCUCGACCGCCUUCAUUGCCGGCGCUCUCGCGCAGGGCGCUGCCUACGCACAAUGCGGUGGCCAGGGAUGGACUGGCACGACGACAUGUGUGUCUGGAUACACCUGCACCUACUCCAACCAGUAUUACUCCCAGUGUCUUCCGGGCUCUGCGGCUACUACGCUGUCAACUUCAACCACCAAGCCCAGCUCGACUUCAGCGCCCCAGCCGAGCGCCACGACAUCGAAGGCUCCCUCUGCGACGGGCUUCAAGUUCCUCGGGGUGGAUGAGUCUGGUGCUGAGUUUGGCUCGAACUCUUACCCUGGGCUUUGGGGCAAGGACUUCAUCUUCCCUGACAACACCGCUCUCCAGACCCUCAUCAGCUCGGGCUACAACAGCUUCCGGAUCCCCUUCUCUAUGGAGCGGAUCGUUACCGGUACCACGGUUUCGUCCUCGCUGGCAACCGCAUAUCUCAACAACUUGACCGCGACGGUCAACUUCAUCACCAACGCCGGUGCCUAUGCCAUUGUCGACCCGCACAACUUUGGGCGGUUCUACGGCAACAUCAUCACCGACACCGCCGGCUUCCAGACCUUCUGGAAGAACCUGGCCACCGUGUACAAGGGCAACUCCAAGGUCAUCUUCGACACCAACAACGAGUACCACGACAUGGACCAGACCCUCGUCCUGAACCUGAACCAGGCCGCCAUCAACGGCAUCCGCGCCGCGGGGGCCAGCUCCCAGUACAUCUUCGUCGAGGGCAACUCGUACUCGGGCGCCUGGACCUGGGCGACGGUCAACGACAACCUCAAGGCCCUGACCGACCCGCAGAACAAGAUCGUCUACGAGAUGCACCAGUACCUCGACUCGGACGGCUCGGGGACCUCGGCCACCUGCGUCUCGGGCACCAUCGGCGCGGAGCGCGUCGCCAGCGCGACGCAGUGGCUCAAGACCAACGGCAAGAUUGGUAUUAUCGGGGAGUUUGCGGGCGGGGCGAACGACCAGUGCAAGUCGGCCGUCACGGGCCUGCUCAACACCCUCAAGUCCAACAGCGAUGUCUGGCUGGGCGCGCUCUGGUGGGGAGGUGGCCCGUGGUGGGGCGACUACAUCUAUGGAUAUGAGCCGCCAAGUGGAAUCGGGUACAAGUACUACGAUUCGCUGCUCAAGACAUACAAGCCCUAA